AUUAAACAAUCCAAUGCACAAAAUUUCCGUGCACUUAAGCCUCACCUCCUAAUGUGCAAACUACAAUAUAAACAAAUCACUUAGAAAUUAUUGCACUGUAUUAAAAACAAAAUGACUUGUUCAGAAUUCAAGUAAAGGGUUAAAAGGAGUUUCAAUAUUGUUUUACAAUCCUUUAUUAAUGUUAGUUAACAUAGUGACAAAGAACAAAACUUGUACAGUAUUAAUAUAAGUACAUUUUUAAUCACUAAAGCAAUAAAGUAUUAACCUUGAUGAAUGCAUAAUAAACUAACAUUAAACCGUUUAAUUAUUAACUAACAUUAGCAAGUGCUGUAACAAACUUAAUGAUUGGAACCAUAUUAACGUUGCUGGAAUUUCUCUGAUGCAGGUGACACAAUGCUGCUUGUGUUAACAGAUGGCACCAUAAAUUAAAUGGUAACCUAUAUUGCAAAGAUGAAAAUUUGCCUAGAAUAUCAAUCUUUAAAAUGUUAACAGUGAUGUGUGUAAAUAAGUUGUACCCUAUCCAGGCAUGGAAUGUAUACAAAUUUCUAUGCAAUGAAGUUUAGGGGACUCCUGGGGAGGAUAUUUCCAUGGCAUGUCAUGAUGUGAUUUUGGGAAUUUUAGUUGUCCCAGUUGAUCUUGUGAUUGCAACCCCACAAACAGUACUGCUGCUCUGUAAGCUCUUUUAGUUAAUAGAUGACCUGCUUUUGUCAUCCAAAAUAUUCAGGGGGCUCCCACAAUUUACCUCUGAGUUCACACAAGAAAUAAGGAGGAAAUCGGUCAAAUGCAGGGAUUUGUCUAAAUCUGAUGCAGAAUACCAAUCACUCAUAUCCUUGUUUAAUAGUCACUUAACAUUGUGAAAAAAAAUAUAUAUAUAUACACAUCAUUUGUUCCUAUAAAAUGUAGGUUAUUUUUUUUAUAAAAGUUUAGUCUUUCUAAUUUGUUUUCAGAAAGGUUUCAGUUGGAUAUAUGUACUUAAAUAUACAUCAUUAUUUAUUUUUCUUUAGGACACAACAUUUACAAGUUUUAAUGAAUACUACUUACAAUUAAAUAAGAUUAUUGAUGUGAGAGAAAAAAUAGACAAAUUAUCCGUUAAAAGCUGUAAGAGCUGGCACAGAUCGAUUUAGUCUAAAUAGUUCACAAAUGACAAACAGGAGCAAAUGUUCCGUUCAUAUUAAUUUAAAAAGUCUAAAGAUUAUUGAUUGACUGGUAUUGAAAUUUUUUUUUAAGUGAAGCUUCUCAUGACACGGUAUAGGAUCGGUAGUAUGCUGUAUUGCAAUUCAUUUGAAAGAGGAAGAAAGGAAGUAAAUAUUUAUUAUUAUUUCCUCAUAGGCUGGGUUUUCCCAAUGUUUUAGACAGGUGAGUAUAAAUUCACCAGCAGCACUGUAAAGCUAUAUAGUCCUGUGACCCGAUACAAGCUGAACACUUAAUUAAAGCCAUAUACAGCGGGACACAUAUCGUUUUAUAAUGCCUGAACAAAUUAAAUGGACUUUGCUGUUUUGUGGAGUUGGAAUUGUCUGCUGCUGGAACCUCGUGGAAGGAAAUCGUGUUGGAUGUUUUGAUAACAGUGAAGGUUUCGGCAAGAUCCAGCAAAAGAUGCUUCGCGCCAUGCUUGUAUCCAGACACGCGCCUGUGCGAUCUGCCAAUCACAGAGAGCGCACCUGCAAACAUUUCUUGAGCGAGCUUUCCAGUGUGCGCUUGUCAUCGGAAAUAAAACAUCGAUCACUCGCUCCCUGGCGGACAAGAAUUGUGGAAGACCCAGAAAUGAUCCCUUCACGAUAUGAGGAAGCCGAGUGUUUGUGUGAUGGAUGCAUCAUUAACGGAGCUCUUAACCACAGCUACAACUCUGUGCCUGUGACACAGAUGAUGUUAUUUCUGAAGAAGGUCAAGUGUCUGUCUGACCCAAGCAAAUAUUCUUUUAAAAUUGAAUAUAAAGAAGUGGCUGUGGGCUGUACCUGUGUGGUUCCUAGCUCGUAAUCUCUUAUAGAGACUACUAAUUACCCAAACCAACUGUAGAGAUUUAUCUCAUGAACUGUCCGUGUUUGUUUUAAAAUGCAGUUUUUGUACUUUGUUCUAUAUGCUUAUAUCAGUAAGCUGAAAAGGUUGCAUGUGUUACAUGAUUUAUUUUUUAGCUCAUGACGUGUCUUUCUUUAAUGAAAGAUAUAUUUGAAUUUUUGUAAAACACUACUUUUUGCUGGCUUGUUAUUUAUUUAAAUGAUAACUAUUUAUUGACUAUUUAUUUAAGUUAUUAGAAUGUACAUUAUGUAAACAUAUGAUAUACUUUGUAUUCAGUUGAGUCAGUGUCAGUGACACGAAUAGUAAAAUUAGGUUGAUGUUUUACUGUGAUAAUAGUAAAAUGUAUUGUAAUGUUUUGUUUUCCUGACCUUGUCAUUGUACUGAUUGUAUUAUACUGAUAUAGUGUAAGUACAAUAAAAU